AUGGCGAAUCCCCUUGCUCCCAUCGCCCUCACCCCGCUCGACCACACCCUCCCAAAAUUCUACCUCCCUUAUAUGCUGUACUUCAACACCCCAGACACAAAGACUGCUCUUCAAACCGUACACGAUGGCGUCAAGAAACUGGUCUCCCACCUUCCAUGGCUGGCAGGCGAUGUGACCUACAGCAGUAAACCCUGCGGUCCCCAAAACAGAGGGCAUAUUGUCGCACCAUCCGGUCCACUUGAGGCAGUUCCCAUGCUGCACGUCAAAUCCUUUAAUCAUGACGACGAGUCGCACACUCUACCCAUAAACUCCUAUCUGCCUCUGCCGUGCUUUAUCCCGCCGUCCCAGCAACGCCCCGUCGUCCGAUUCCAGGCAAACGUCUUUCCAAACAGAAUCAUCCUCGUCAUGUCAUUUCUGCAUUUCGCCCUUGAUGGCACGGGUGCUGGAGUGAUUCUACGGGCGCUCGCCGAGUGCUGUAACGCCAAAUCCGCACCCAAUGCUACCGGGAUGGCCAUUACAACAACCAGCGUUGCGGAGAAUGAAAUCAACCUCCGGAACCAGAUCUCCUCGUGGCCUUCCCGCUGCAACACCCUGGUGAGCACACAGUCGCUGGAGCUGGCGACGCCGUUCUUCGACCCCAACAUCACCUCAGAGAAAUGGGCUGCCAUGGAAGCCGCUAUGUUCUCUGGUGUCAAGACUAGGCGGUUUACUUUCAGCCCGGAGAAGAUUGCCUUGCUCAAGCAGACUUGCAGCAGCAAGUUUCUGCAGCGCCUCUCGCCCUCAGGGUUCAUCUCUAGUAAUGAUAUAGUCACUGCGGUACUAGGGAUUACUGUUGAUAGGGCCCAGGAUCCGUCGAAAGCACGAAGGAAGAAUGAUGAGAACGCCCGUCUUACAUUGACGGUGGAUCUCCGCUCGCGCGUGCAGCCUCCCCUCCCGAGUACAUUUGUCGGGAACAUGAACUACCCAGCCUACUGUGAGAUACAGCAUCUCGUACAGGACAACAACAACAACAAGGAAGAAGAAGCAGACCUCCUCGCCCUUACCCAGCUUGCGCUCCAGCUUCGGGGCAAGCUCAGCUCUAUGAACGAGUCCGUCGCCUACAGUGUCUCCGCGGCAGUGGCGGACCUAGAAGACUGGAGCAACAUUGAGUCAAAGCCGGGGAAUGUGAUCGUUACGACUUGGCGACACCUCGACUCUUACGCACUUGAUUUCGGGAACGGCCUGGGCAAGAUCGUGGACUUUGAGGCUGGACUGUCUCUUAUUCCGGGGGCUUGCAUCAUCAUGCCUGCUCGAGAGAAGGCACAAAAGGAGAAGGAGGGGGAGGGGAAGGGGGAGGCGGAGGCGGUGCCCUGGGAAGUGAAUAUUACGAUGAAACUGGGGGAUAUGGAUGUCCUUGUGGGUGAUCCUCUGCUUGCUAGGAUUUUGGCUUAG